AUGCCACCUAAAGCAGCUGCCGGCAGGGGGAACAAGGAUGACAAGAACAAAGAUAAGAAACCAGUCAAGAUGAGCGCUCAGCAGUUGGCCUUGGCUAAAGCUCAGGAUGCGGCAGAUAAACUUUACAAACAACAUGAGCGCGAGCGUAUCAAGGCAGAAAACGCUGACCGAUUGGACCGCCAAGGUGCAUCACUCGACGCGGCCAUGGAGAAGGAGCGACUUCGGGUGGAUAAUGAGAAGUAUGAAGAACUCUUAAGUGAGAUGAUGGAGCGGGAGCAGCUUACCUACAAAGAGUGCGAAAAACACAGCAUCUGGAGCCACAUCCCUGACGCCUCACGACUCCCUCAGGUGAGAAGUGAAAGCUCGAUCAACACCUUCCUUAGUGUCUGGCGCGAUGAAGAAGAGAAAUAUGACGUACACAACCCUUCUGUGAUGGUCAUGGCGAAGCGCAGUUCUAUCGGCGGCUUCCCACAAAUUCACCGCUUUCUAAAUGAGGAACUUGGCAUCAGUCCUUCGGCUCGCCGGAAACUAGUGGAAAUUGAACUCAAUCGGUGUGUCGAGGCCUAUGAACUGACUGAGGCCAUUCACAUGGAAGCUGACCGCUCCCUCAUGAUGCACAAUACCGAUGAGCUCAAAUCUUUCAGUGAUAGCACAGGAAAGGUGUGUGAGCAGGUUCUACGUACAUUGGACUUUAUCACUAUCCACUCACUGCUGGCUUACGAUGUUGUGCUAGAGGGACCGGACAGCGAGUUCCUCACAAUGAGCGUCCCGGCAACGAACUCCGUGGUGAAGUUUGGUCUCUGGGUAAAGGUGAAGGAAACAACGCGCAGCUUCGCCUCACUGGUGUUUCCGAACAUCAAUAUGCGUCUGGACCCCAAGUCUACCUCUCUCCCCAAGUUGCCCAGAGCAUUGGGGCUGAGUAAAGAGAAUGUUGCAUUACGAAUCAUUCAGCUAGGCUUUGAUCCACACGGCCAUCACGGGUCUACUGGACGCGAGUACUACGCUUUAAACUGUAUCAUCAAGAUAGAUCUCCUCAGCUUCACGGAGCGGCCAAAGCAAGCCGGGGACUGGCUAUACCGCUCUGAGACGCAGGAGGCACAUGAACUGCAUGUUGUUCCGUAUCCCCCAGUUGUGAUGGAGAAUAUGGAAGAAGAUCCGUCACUCCGUGUUUCAUUUGAGGUUCCCAACAGUAUCAUUAUGCGUCAACCAGCGCUUCUUAUUGGGAAGUGGCUAGAGGGAACAAAGGAGUGGGAACCGUGCAGCCACACAACACCUUCGACAGAGAGUAACGUCCUUGAUAGCCGACGAUGCGUUUUCACCACCGGUGAGUUCGCGACCUUUGCCAUCCUACAGGAAAAAGGCUUUGAUGUGCCGUACGAGCAGUGGAGGCUGCACCCAGUGAGUUUUGACCAAGUGCUCAUGGUCUUGGAAGGGCGCCGGCGCGGUGAGGCGAGCGACCGUGAGUUCCGCAUCCUUAUCCAGGACGCGCAGUGCAAGCUGCUGGCACCGGAAGAUCCUGAGUUGGCAGCGCUGAGGGAGGAUUGGCUCGAGCCCGCAACACUAGUGCGUCUGCUGUCCCAAGCCGGUUUCAACUUUGCUCUGGAUGACGAAGACGCCAAGUUCCUGGAGAAUAUUGUGCCGAAGUCUUCAGCGCUUGAAGAGAAGGCGUACACCGAUAUUGCACAGUUCUGCCUCUUCUGUGCCGUUGCGAGCUCAAGGCAUAAUAAGUGCGGAGAGGAUGCCGACAUGGCCCUCUUCCGUAUCUCAAGGCAAUGCCGUCCAUUGGACUCUGAAAGUCCAAUGGAGGUUCAACUCGAAGAUGAAUCCGAGUGGCACAGUGUGCGGUACCAGACAUACCGGUGUGCAUUCGCGGCUUUCAAGGAGUCGGAAGAGGUGCCAGACUUGCGCAUUCUCGACGGGCAUGAGUCUCACCUCAAUCUGUACACGCUUCUCUUGCACGAGAAAGGUGAGGAGGUGCGCCUGCAGGCGGUUCACCGGACGAAUUUUCUGUUGCGGCGGUGCGUGUUUCAGCUGCUCUGCUUGAUCCGGCCGCUCACAUGGGGCUGA